CUGUAUCGUUCUUAUUUUGUUUUUCAGAAUCGAAAAAAGUUGAUAGUACGUCAUGACGAUCCACAAUAUUCACAUUUCAAUCCGGCUAGUUGUCGACCCUAUACGCUGUUUAAAUCUGUCUACACAAAUAACACCGACAGACCACAAGAAUAUUCGUUUAAGACUGAACGAAGUACAGAAAGUCUGGCAACAGUAUGCCGUGAACAAGGUUAUAUGAUUGGUACAGAGGCUGAGUUAACGCUAAAGACACCUUGCGAAAUAGCAGAAUUAAAAGCCGGUUUCAAACAUGAGAUGAACUUUAAUAAUAUCCACGAGAAUACCAAAUCUGAGGUUAUGUCAUGGGGAGUGGACAGCAACGUUAUCGUUCCGGCACAUUAUACUACCGAAGCGUCAAUUGUGAUCGAAGAGAUGAACUAUCAGGGAAGUUAUUCUGUGACAUCAACACUUUCUGGUCCGGUCACUGUUUCAAUUAAAAGGCGAAGAGAUGGAGCGUUGGUGUUACCAUUGACGGUAAAUAUUGUUGAAGUAUUUCGAGAACAUCUGGAAUCACGGAUGGGAUGGAAAGAAGUGAGAGCAGCAGCGAUGAUCAAAGACAAUAAAGUGCAAUUAAUCUCCAAAGGAAAAUGCCAAUUUCAGGUGAUAUUUUAUGAUACAGAUACUGAUGAUAUAAGGUGA